AUGGAAACCACCAACAAUCGCUUGAGUCCACUCAGGCGAAUGAAGAAUGCCCUCAAAAAGAAGGACCUGUUUGCUGAUCGAGACUAUCUUUCGCCCUUAGAUGCGCCGCAGCUGAACCUUCCACGUUUCGAGACCCAACUCGAGAUGCACAAGACAAACGGCCUAUUCGACCCGCUUACACCAGACCGACGCGUUGUGUCAAAUCCGGAUUCUAUUCCAGACGAUGGAGUCAAUGGAACCUCGCCGCAGCCUCAGAAUGUCGACAGCAACGGGCCAGAAUGGACAUCAGCCGUGGGCCACGCAAACACGGGCAAGUCCGGCCGCGUUAUUCACAACUUGCAGGAAGACAUUGCGCGGCUGAAGAGAGAUCUCAGCCUGUACCGCUCGCGAGCCGAAGAAGCACACCACACCAACGAGACGUUGAAGGAACAGAUUCUGAACAUUGGCGAGCGCCUGCGAAACUCGGAACAGUCCAACGAAACCAAUCUCGCCUCUAUUGCGCGCAAAGACAGGAAAAUCGAAGAACUGCGCCUUGAAGUGCAGAAUGAAAAGGAGCGGCGCGUCAGAGCCGAGGCGGAGACGUCCAAGGUGAACCAGUUGAUGUCGGAGGAACAAGAUGAAUUUCAUCGCAAGACCGCCGAGCUUCAGGAAUCGACAAAUCAUUACUCUGCCCAGUACGAAGCCUUGUCCAAGGCCUCGUUGCGAGAAAGGUCGGAUAUGCAGAGGAAAUUGAAGGGCGUCCGCGACGAGAUCUCCGCACUCCGUGAACAAGCAGAGAAGAAAGAAGAAGAACAAGAGAGGCUGGAUGCACUUGUCGACCAUCAGAACCAAGAAGUCGAGGCUGAGACAAAACGCAUCAAGGGCAUAUUCGACGCCUACGAGUCUUACAAGACCGCCCGAGACAAUGAGUUCCAAGAACUACUAGAGAAAGCCCGCCACAAUCAAGCGACGGUAGACGCAGCCGUUGCCUCGAUGAAAGAGGCCGAAGAUAAAAUGAAGUGGACCAUGAGCGUCAAGAAGAACAUUGAAUGGUCAGAAUGA